AUGUUGGAUUCUAGACCUGUAGAUACACCAAUGGAUCCCAACACAAAACUUAGUCCAGAUCAAGGAGAACCUCUUGCAGAUCCUGGUAGAUAUCGCAGAUUAAUUGGCCGAUUGAAUUAUUUGACAGUCACUCGGCCAGAUAUUUCAUUUGCCACAAGUAUCCUAAGUCAGUUUCUUGACUCCUCAUGCGAUAGUCAUUGGGAUGCAGCUGUUAGAGUCCUUAGAUAUAUCAAAGGUGCUCCAGGAAAAGGUUUGUUGUAUGAAGAUAAAGGACAUAACCAGAUUGUUGGGUAUGCUGAUGUAGAUUGGGCAGGAUCUCCAUCUGAUAGACGUUCUACAUCUGGUUAUUGUGUUUUUAUUGGUGGAAACUUGAUAUCUUGGAAGAGUAAGAAGCAAAAUGUUGUAGCAAGAUCUAGUGCGGAAGCUGAAUAUAGAGCUAUGGCACUUGCCACAUGUGAACUUAUAUGGUUGAAGCAAUUAGUUAAGGAACUUAAGUUUUGUGAGCCAAGUAAGAUGGAACUGGUGUGCGAUAAUCAAGCUGCCUUACAUAUUGCUUCCAACCCUGUGUUUCAUGAACGGACCAAGCACAUGGAGAUUGAUUGCCAUUUCAUAAGGGAGAAGUUACAAAGUGGGGAAAUAGUAAUAACCUUUGUCAACUUCAACGAUUAA